AUGAGGAAAAAGUAUGUAACCAUCCAAAAAAAGAAGGAAGUUAUUGUGGAAACUGCUAACAACGGUCAAAUUGUUGAAUAUCCAGUCAUAAACCAAGUCGAAGGAAGUGGAGGAAGUUAUUCUUGGAAGUCUAUGGCAUGUGCUACAUAUACUAGAGGUUCUAAGAGAAUUUCUCAAAACAAUUCUGGUUCUCCUAAGACAAAACAUGCUAAGAAAAUUGUUCAUUCUCAAAACACCGAUAGGGUAACAUCGGUGAGCCCUCAAUUGCCGGAGUUUCCAUAUGAGUACAGACCAAUUUCUUUAUGCAGUGUGUUAUACAAGGUGGUGGCAAAACUGAUAUCAAAUAGAUUAAAAUGUCACUUGCAGCACUUUAUUUCAUGGUCUCAGAAUGCUUUUGUAGAAGGGAGACAAAUCACUGAUAAUAUUGUGAGUGCGAAGGAGUUCUUACAUUCCAUGAAGAAAUCUGAAUCAAAGGAAGGAUAUUUUGCUCUAAAGAUUGAUAUGUCGAAGGCGUAUGACAGAGUCAAUUGGUCUUUUUUGGAGAAGAUGCUGCAAUUACUUGGUGUUCGGGGUCAUUCUUUACAGUUAAUUAUGAAUUGUGUCACAUCUGCAAGUUUCUUUAUUCUCUUAAAUGGUGCUUCAAAAGGUUUUUUCGUAGGAGAAAGGGUUUUGCGACAAGGGUGUCCGUUAUCUCCAACUCUUUUCAUAAUAUGCUCACAGGGAUUAUCUUUGCUAAUGAAGAAAUAUGAGGAAGAAGGGUUAUAUCAAGGGUUGAGAAUCAAUAGAUGGGCACCAAUGAUUUCUCACUUAAUGUUUGCAGAUGAUUUAUUCUUCUUUGGGAAAAAUGACAGAGUUAAUGUGGAAAACUUGAAAAGAUUAAUCAAACAAUACUCAGAUUGGUUUGGUCAACAAAUAAAUUUUGGUAAAUCUGCAGUGGCGUUUAGCGGAGGAGUGGAGGAGUGGAGAAAAACAACAACUCUAUCAGACUGGGGUGUUAGAGAGAUGCGAAGGAAUGAAAAAUAUCUGGGAAUUUUCCCUUUGUCAGCAGAUUCAAGAGUUCAAAGUUUUGAUUUUCUUGUUGACAAAUUUAGAUCUAGACUCUCAGGGUGGAGGAAUUAUUUUCUCUCAACAGCGGGUACUACUGUUUUAUCAAAAUCAGUUAUUUCUUCUAUUCCCAUAUUCUUCUUUUGUACUUGUUUGAUUCCAAAAACUGUAUUGGCUACAAUUAAGAGAAUUCAGUGUUCAUUUUGGCGGGGUCAUGAAAUGGAUGUGAAGAAAUUACAUUUUAUAAAUUGGGAAAAAAUCUGUAAAUCAAAAGAUGAUGGUGGUCUGGGUAUAAGAGAUAUGGAGAAGGUUAAUAAAUCUUUAAUGUGCAAAUUGGUUUGGAGAUUUCUGAAUGAUAAGAGUUCUAUGUGGGUCCAAUUGUUAACCGCUAAGUAUCUAAAGGGUUCUUCAUUCUGGAAUGCAAAGGAUGUUAAUCAUUCCUCAUCAACUUGGAGAGGCAUGUUACAAGUUAGAGAGUAUAUGGAAAGUAAUGUUUGCUGGUUAAUUAACAGGGGUGAUGAAAUUAAUAUUUGGGAUGAUCAACGGGUGUCGAAUCUUUUGGGCAAUAGAUUGAGGAAUAUUGGUUUUCAUUCGACACAAUAUACUAUGGUGUCAGAUCUUAUCAACCAAAAUGCAAGAGUUACAGAUAUCAAACAGAUUAUCACCAUAUGGUUGCAGGAAGAUGAUGGUGGAAGGACUUUUAUUAUUGGGUCUUGUUUACUAUGGAACUUGUGGAAGUCAAGGAAUGAUAUUGUUUUCAAUGGAGUGCAGUUCUCAAAAGAAAGAUGCAUGAGAUUGUCUUGGGAGGAUUUUAAAAGACACCACAGUCAACAAUUUUCUGCACAACAAGAAGAACUUCAGGAUACACCACUUAUGUCUGAAAUAUGGCAAUCACCCCCUUUUCCCUUUGUUAAAAUAAACGUUGAUGCUGCGUUUCGCUUGAACGUUGGUGCUGCUGCUGCGGUGGCUCAAGACAGUGAAGGAAGAUUUCUGGGAGGUAUUACAUACUGUUUCUCUGACAUAUCUCCUUUGAAAACCGAAGUAAGGGCGUUUAAUCUGGGUAUUUCUCUGACGCAACAACUAAAUUUGGAGAAAGUUAUAGUGGAGGGUGAUGCUGAAGGUGUAGCUUCUGCCAUUAAUGGUCCGAUUGAUCAAGUACCUGCAAACAUAAAGAUGGAGAUCAUGAGAGCCAAAGAAAGUUGUUUUGAAUUUCAAAGCAUUGUGUUUAAGUCAGUACCCAGAAGUACUAAUCAGAUAGCACAUAUAUUAUGUAAAUAUGCUAAAGAUGAAAAUGUAACCAGGAGUUGGUAUACUCAUGACCCUCCUCAAUGUAUCUUACCUUUACUCAUGAUAUAA